AUGCAAUUUGACGAAGCUUUGAAAUACUUGGGUGAUUUUGGUAGGUACCAGAAGGUGGUUUAUUUCACUCUAUGCCUCCUGGCCAUCCCAUGUGCCUGGCAUAGCCUCGGUAAUACCUUCCUCAGUGCCUCACCAGACCAUCAUUGUAGCCUCUACGAUGGGUACACCUACAAUACCUCCCAGGAGGCUUUGAUGUCGUGCGCGGUGCCGAGGAAAGAUGACGGGAGCUGGGACAGCUGCAGACGGUACAACGUUUCCAUCGGCCCCGGUGGUGUGGAGUGUAGUCCGGACGAACCACGGGAGAUUAUUCCAUGUGAUAUGGGAUGGGUGUUCGACUCGACCUUUUACGAUAAAACUGCGGUAACAGAGUUCAACCUUGUUUGUGAGAAUGAUGCCCAACGUCAGCUUUCGAAGAGCCUGGUUCUAGCUGGGAAGAUGGUUGGCUCUAUGGUAUGCGGUCAACUCGCUGACUUCGCCGGCAGGAAGAAAGCGUUCACACUCGCUUUACUCAUUAUGGUUGGCGUUGGCACCGGGGCAUCUUUUGUACACACCUUUACUCUCUUUUGUGUCAUGCAGUUUUUCCUCGGCGUUUCUGCUUCUGGGACAUUUGUGGUUGCCAUAGUAAUAGCCACUGAGAUGGUAGGCAAGAGCCAGCGUGCCACCGCCGGUAUUGUAAUUGAGUACUUCUACAGCAUUGGGUACAUGUCUAUGGCGUUGAUAGCGUGGAGACUACGGGACUGGCACACCAUUGAGCUAGCUAUUUCCAUACCGCCAGUUAUCUUCCUGGCCUACUAUUUUAUCGUACCAGAGUCUCCAAGAUGGUUGUUAUCUAAAGGCAAGACGGCAGAGGCCGAGAAGAUUGUCAGAAAGGCGGCAACAGUAAACAAAGUGAAGAUACCAGAAAGUGUCUUCAAAGAUGAACCUCUUGAAACCAAGGAUGAAGAACAGGUGAAGACGUCAGUGGAUCGGACGUACACGUUCUUCGAUUUGUUACGGUAUCCCAAUUUGAGGAAAAAAGCUAUUAUUAUAUACUUCAUUUGGUUGAGCAACAAUCUAGUUUACUACGGGCUGUCCUUUUUCUCGGAGGAUCUCGGGAACGAUCCGUACUUCUCGUUCUUUCUCGCCGGUGCUGUUGAAGUUCCCGCCUACAUCGUAUGCCAGCUGCUAUUGGGCAGAAUCGGACGGAAGUGGCUGAUUUGCGUAUUCAUGACCAUUGGGGGCGUGUCAUUGCUCUGCGCCAUGGCUAUACCAACAGAUAUGACCACGGUGACUUUAGUCAUUGCAAUGAUUGGCAAGUUGUGUAUUUCAGGAUCCUAUGCAAUUGUUUACCUGUAUGCAAUCGAGUUGUUUCCGACACCUGUACGGAAUGUAGGCGUAGGAAUGGGCUCCUUCGUAUCCCGUAUAGGCUCAAUUGCUUCCCCGUAUGUCCUCUAUCUUGGUGACGUCACUUUCUUCCAGCUUCCGUUUCUUGUAUUUGGAAGUUUUGCUCUGCUAGCUGGCGUCUCCACGCUUCUACUGCCCGAUACACUGGGAGCUAAGCUACCUCAAACCAUGGAGGAGGGGGAAGCAUUUGGCAAGAAUAUGACUUUCCGCGAAAUGUUCAAACUUCCGAACUGUCGUCGGGUUCCCGACCACGAGGAUGGCGAGAAUCAGCAAGAGAAAGCAGAUGUCUUGGAAAUGAGUGCAGCGUAUUGCAACGUCGGUGUCCAGACUGAAGAUUGAA